AUAUGUCGUGCAUGUUUGUUUGAUGUUAUCACGCAAAUAAACAUUAAAUCAAUACAAUUUUAACAUUUAACUUGUAGUAAUGAAAAAAUGUUUUAUGUUUUGUUAAAGCUGCAUAACUUGUGGAAAUUGCGGUACUACCAUAACACGUCCUUCAGCCUUAGCGAACGUCUCUCGUCAAGCAGGCUCCAAGUUGUAAGUUUUGGAUCAUUUCAAGAUGUCGUUCUCAAGAUUGAUGGAUUGAUCAUCCUUUUCGAUCCUUUUGAUAGAACAGAGAUAAAACAUCAAUAUUUUAGAUAUUUGGACUUUAAUAUUAUAGAUAGUAUUCACAAUUUCGAACUUGAUGUUGUAGCUUUGAGUGCGUGCGCGUGCAGUUUCUCAUAUUCUAUCGUCAGCAAAAUAGUUCAGAAGAACCGUAACGUGAAAUGGAUUAUUCCGCUUGAAAGAAAAGACUGGCUUAUUCGUCAAGGAGUUGAUGAAACAAGUAUAACAGUGUUCGGAUUUUGGGAUGAGAAAACUUUCAACAUUCAGCAUCGAGAUAUUUCUGUUGUAUGCACACCCACACACAGAAAUAGUGUAUCAUCUGGCAGUAAAAUGUGUAAUACAUGUGGUUGGAUAGUGAAAGGAUCAACAAGGACGUUUUAUUCGGCUGGGUUCACGAACUACAACGCGACAAACUUCUCCAGGGUGAAAGAACGAUACGGUCCAAUCCAUUUGACUUUACUACCCCUAUCGAAUACAUCUGGAAGCAUGUCAUGUUCACCAGAAUUCAGUGUAGGAAUUGAUGAAAUUUUAGAUAUGCACAACAUACUUCAACCAUGUACAUCACUUGGUAUAGUAACAACAGAAACACGGGACUACUGGUACCAACGUUCUAUGGUAAAGGUACUUGAACGGAAACAUUGUUAGAAUGUAAAGAAAAAAACUCUGUUUAGGUAAACUCAUUACAAUGUGAAGAAAAUUGAGUACUACGACACAGUUUACAUAUUAUUUACUAAUUUGGUGAAGAUUAGUAUAAAGUUAUAGGUACACCUCGAUAACAUUUUCUUUCCGAAGCAGUUAUGUAUAAUAAAGGUGACACAGAUAAUGAGCAGGUUAUUUUCAUCUGUUGAAAAUACACUGUGCAUUACAGAGUUUUUCAAUGCAUUGUGAAAAAUAUAUAGCUUUCUGUUUUGCUCACAUUGACUUUGUAAGUGUCGGCCGUUUCGCGAGUCAUACUCUCAUGACCUUGUAAAACUUUAUAGAACAUAUUACACAUGACUUAUCAAGAAAGUUUUAUAGCAAAUCUAUAAUAUGAUUUUGUGUUGAUCUGUCAUAAAUAUUUCAAUAUGAAAGAUAUAUUUAAGGGUUCAGUUGAUAUUCAGUAAAUUCAUUUAAUAUUUCAUUUAAUUACAGGACAACAGAGAGAUAUUAAAAGAGAAAAUGGAAACUCUGAAUUUAGAUCCUGAACGAUUUCAUUUUCUCGAGCCGAAUGUGCCAUACAUGUAUGUAAGUGACUAGAGUUAAAUUGAGGACAUAAUUAGAAUUGAAGACUACAUACUUUGUUUGAAGAAUCGUAGUGAGUCAAGUUACCCGGAAUUUUAUCACAAAUGAGUAGUAGAACUAAGACUUGUCUCAAUAUUUCGACUGCAAGACCGACCGAUUUUAUAAUCUGAUAUUUCAUAGAUGUUUGUCUUUACGUUUCAACUUGUUAGAUUCAAAACUGUGCUUGAAACCGAACUGAUCUGAAUUUCAUUAUUUUCGCUAAAAUAUGAAAAUUUUCAUACUGGCAUGUACAUUUGUUGUUAUAAACCAUACAUUGUUCUUAAAAUAAUCAUAAUAUGACAAAAAAUAGCUUAAAUUACCUAAAACACCAUAAUAUGGUAUUUGUCAGCGAUAUUAGUACACCACAGGAGCCUGUACGCGGUAAACACAUA